AUGACCUUGCCUGUCAAUGUGAAAGCCCGCGUGUCCAUGAAUUGGAGUUCUAUGCAGUGCUUGCUCUCUCGAGCAGUACCGGGGCGAGCGUACUCCUCGCUCUCAGAACGCCUGCACCAUGACCUGACCACGAGAAAGCUCCCAUUGACAUUCGACUAUCUACACCCUCAGCAAUCUUACCUGUUGACACUCUCACUUCAAGGCCUCCUCCCACAGCCCCGCUGUCGCAAUGCAUCACCAAACCUCCCUUCCAUCAAAAACCCAUCCCCGCUGCCAGUCGGUCAUCACUUGGUCUACUUUCCACCGCAAGUGACACUGUCGCAGUUGGUCCCGGACGGCUGUGAUGUCCUUCACACACCAGGCGAUCCUUUCAACCGUCGCAUGUGGGCAGGUGGUAAGGCACGAUUUCCGACUCCUGGACCGCUGCUGGAUGGCAGCCGGGCUGUCUGUAUCGAAUCCAUCCGCAACGUGACCGUCAAAGGACGCGAAGGAGACGAGAAAGUAAUCGUCACGAUUGAGCGACGGGUUGGUACCGCCCCAGAAGGAGAAUCAGAAGAAAGCACCUGGAGUCGGAUAUGGAUGGAGAAUGAAGCAGACCUGGGGGACUCGUCGCUGAUUGAGAAUCGAGAUCUCAUCUUCAUGCGGCCCAAGACCGCUGAGCAAAUUGCCUUGGACCGGGAGCAGUUUGUGAAACCGAGUCGCUUUGUUAAGUCUCCUUCCGAUGCCGUAUUCCGCCAUUCGAUAUUACCCACCAAAGCGUUACUCUUCCGCUUUUCGGCACUCACAUUUAAUGCACACUCAAUACACUUGGACAAAGACUACACACAGAACCAGGAAGGGUUCCGAAACCUACUGGUCCAUGGUCCCUUGACCUUAACAUUGCUUGUGAGUGUGCUACAAAGCCAACUUCACAAUCUGAAGUCUCGGAUUGAACAUAUUGAAUAUAAGAAUCUCGCACCUUUGUAUGUGGAGGAGGAACUGACGGUCUGUGGCAAACCCAAAAAUGAUGGUGCUUGGGAUGUCUGGAUUGAGGGUCCUGGAGCCUUCUGGGCAGCACCUCCGGUGACUCGCACAAUCACAGCGUUGACUCUGGUUCAGUCCGUCCUCGUCCAUAGCGGCUUGGUCAGUUGGUAUUAUGCUAUCUUCUGGCCAGGCAGAAUUUUCAAGCUGCUUCCGGAGAUCUGGCGUCUUGCCACUCCAUUUUUACUAACUGGUGGAGGGCUCAGCUUUAUCUUUGACCUCUAUUUCAUGUACCACUAUGGCAGCGAGCUGGAGGCCAACUCGCCUCGGUUCAGCCAGCCUGGAGAUUUCUUCAUCUACUUGGUCUUUGUAGCAUCCACUAUCAUGCUUACUGCAGGCUACUUGCUAAGCGCGAGGAUUUUUACUUCUGCGUUGAUCAUGGCUUUCAUUUACACCUAUGCCCAGGAAAAUCGAGGCAAGAGGACCAAGCUGUGGUUUGUUCAGAUUCCCAUGGAAUACCUUCCGUGGGCGAUACUAUUGAUCGGCUUGGUCAUAGGUGGAUGGCCUUCAGCCUUGCAUGAUCUUACCGGCAUUGUGGCUGCUCAUCUUUAUGACUUCCUCACCCGCAUCUACCCAACAUUUGGUGGUGGCCGAAACUACCUCGUCACACCUGAAGCAGUGCAGCGCUUUUUCGCCAGGCACACUUCAAAUCUUGGUUACCGUGCAUAUGGCACUGCUUUCAGACCAUCAGCAUCCUCCCAGCCAUCCCAGUCAGCAUCUCGGGGCUGGACCUCCUCCAUCCAGAACCCAUGGAGUGGCCGAGGCGCGGGCCGAAGACUUGGUGGUGAUUGA